AUGAUCCACCCGAAUAAACUUACUUUGCUGAUUGCAUUCUGGGUGCUUCAAUUGAGUGUAGCGGCUGGUUUCACCGACUAUUUGCUUAAGACAUGCGCGCAGUCUGGUUUCUGUCACAGGAACCGUGAGUAUGCUAGAAAUAUUCAGAGCUCGAAGAGUAGCUAUUAUUCUGUUGACCAGCAAACAGUUCAAUAUGACAAGGUACAUCGUGUGGUUAGUGCUAACAUUAUCAAAAGUAUACCUAAGCCCGAUGGCGCAGAUGUGUCGAUUAGUCUGCCAUUUACGAUGAUGUUACUGGAUGAUGACUCAUUUCGCUUUACAAUUGAUGAGAUUAGACCAGAUAUCAGUGAUCUGUCAGAAGAUCUUUCUUCCAAGAGAUACAACGGAACCUCCGACUGGGCAUUUGUUAAUGAUUCCGCGCUCGGUUUCCAGCAAGUUACAUUGAGAAGGAGCUGGUUCCACAACGAUGUGAUUACGUUAAAAAACUCAGCUGAAACGAUUAAAAUUGAGCUCCAUACUAAGUCUUUUUUACUUAAGGUAUUCCACGGAGGACAUCUUUCCUUGAUCAUCAAUGAGCGGGCUCUCCUCAACAUGGAACACUACAGAAAAAAGGAAGAUAACUACUGCAAUCUUCUACCAGAGGAAUCUAGUUUCAAUAUGUUUGGUGAUAAUUUUGAGUAUUCACGUAAGGACACAAUACCAUUUGGACCCGAGUCUGUAGCACUGGAUUUCAGUUUCAAAGACUAUCAAAAUGCGUACGGUAUACCAGAGCACGCUGACUCUCUUAGACUGAGGGAUACUUCGGAGCGAGACCCUUAUCGUUUGUUCAAUGUGGAUGUAUUUGAGUAUAAUUUACAAGCCACCACUCCCAUGUAUGGAACUAUACCACUUCUAAUUGUUUCUAGGCCGCAGUCAAGUGUGGGAUUAUUUUGGGUCAAUGCUGCAGACACUUGGAUUGAUAUCAAGUAUGAUGGUGAUGACACGAAAAGUCACUGGAUGUCUGAGUCAGGUAUCAUUGACGUGGUCUUAUUCUUCGGUCAGGAGCCCUCUGAUAUUACUAAUAAAUACACGGCACUGACUGGAAGACCUACUUUGCCUUUAUUGUCAUCUAUUGGAUACCACCAAUGUAGAUGGAAUUACAAUGAUGAGCAGGAUGUCCUUAAGGUCGAUUCCGAGAUGGAUCGUGCGCACAUUCCCUAUGAUUUUAUUUGGUUAGAUCUUGAAUACACCGAUGAUAAAAAGUUCUUUACUUGGAAGCCCGAUUCGUUUCCUCACCCGCGAAGGAUGCUUGGAAGGUUAGCGAGUCUUGGAAGACAAUUGGCCGUGCUGAUCGACCCUCAUUUGAAAAAAGGUUACGGAGUCAGCAAUUUUAUCAUUGAAAAGGGAGCAGCUGUUAAAGACCAUGAAGGAAAGACAUUUAUUGGACAUUGUUGGCCCGGUAAAUCAGUGUGGAUCGAUACGCUUGGUACGUUAGGACAAAACAUAUGGGGCAGUUUCUUCAAGAAGUUUGUGAAAGGUGUGUCCAACCUACAUAUUUGGAAUGACAUGAACGAGCCUUCAAUUUUUAGUGGUCCUGAAACAACUGCACCAAAAGAUUUAAUACACAGUGGUGGAAAUGAAGAAAGAUCCGUUCACAAUCUAUACGGCAUGACAGUGCAUCAGAGCACUUACGAAGCUUUGAAAGACGCUCACUCUGAGCAAGAUUUACGACCAUUUAUCUUAACCAGAUCAUUUUUUGCUGGCUCCCAAAGGAGUGCAGCUACGUGGACUGGUGAUAAUGUUGCUAACUGGGAUUAUCUUAAGAUAUCUGUGCCAAUGUGCCUAACUAAUAACAUAGCUGGUUUGCCCUUCAUUGGUGCUGAUAUAGCAGGCUUUUCAGGUGAUCCAGAGGCAGAGUUGAUUGCUAGAUGGUAUCAAGCUGGGUUGUGGUAUCCAUUCUUCAGAGGACACGCUCACAUUGACACUAAAAGAAGAGAACCUUAUCUUUUCUCUGAACCACUACAAUCGAUAGUACGUGAUGCAAUCCAGUUACGAUACAGAUUGUUACCAACACUGUACUCAUCAUUCCAGAAGGCUAGCAUCGACGGAACUCCGAUUAUGAAGCCCAUGUUCUAUGAGAAACCGCAUUUUCUUGACCUUUAUGAUAUUGACGAUCAAUUCUAUUUGGGUGACUCAGGUCUUUUGGUAAAGCCUGUGCUAGAGAAGGGGCAGACAGAGGUAGAAAUAACAUUGCCACCCGGAAAGUACUAUCAAUACCCAAAUCUAGAGUCUCUAGUCGUCGAUAGCGCGGAUGUUGGAGUCAAGAAGUUGGAUGCACCUAUAGACAGGAUUCCCAUCCUUCUGGAAGGAGGACACAUAAUCUUCAGUAAGGAAAAGUACAGGAGAUCCUCCAAAUUACUCCGCAAUGAUGCAUACACUUUGACUGUUGCACCUAGUAAGUCGCAAAAUGCAUUCGGCAGGAUUUACGUUGACGAUGGAGAAACAUUCGGUUAUGAACGCGGAGAGUAUUUGGAAGCUGAAGUGAGGUUAAUGAGUGGUCAUGCUAUUAAAAACACGCCAACUCAUGUCCCGACAAACCAUCGCUCAAUUGGGAGUACACUCAUCGAAAAAAUUGUUCUCCCAGUCGGAAGCAUGGUAUUGAAGGAAGUUGUCAAGCUUCACAUCGGAAACAGAGUUUUUGAUCUCGCAGUUUCGAGAGAUGGGCCCGACACAGUUGCCAUAUCCAAUCCAAGAGUUAGGCUUGAUGAAGAAUGGGAAAUCAUUUUGUAG